CAGCAAGAAUCGCGGCGACUUGCAGUUGAUGGCAGUCAGCACCAUGAAGUGGCGUUUCAAACACAUUUUGCACCUGAUUCCCAACCAUUGUGCUCAAUUUCAAUAUUAAUGUCUCAAUCUUGGGCCGCACUACUCCAAGCCUCGGGCGAUAAUGCAUCAGAACUACACGAGCACAGAGUCCUUGACAUCCGUGUUCAGCCAGGCUCUGUCCAUCAUCUCCAGGGACUCCAAUCCAAGGCUUGAUCAAAGGACCUCGUCUUGGGAUAGUGAGGCUCCUUCAUGGUCUUCGAGGUCGAGACAGCCCAGUCCCGGCAUUCAAAAGACAAGAAAAUUGUCCCAGGACGAGGAGGAUUACAUCCGGAAAGAACGUGAUGCUCGAUCACUUGCCAUUGAGAAAGCCUACGUGCAUGACGUGUAUGAGCAGAUCUCCCAGCACAUCUCAGACUCACGAUACCGAGCAUGGCCCCGAGUUAAGCAAUUCCUUCAGGAGCUCGAACCCGGAUCUCUUGUUUGCGAUGUUGGAUGUGGAAGUGGAAAAUAUCUGAAUGUCAACCCCUUGGUGUUCAACAUUGGUUCUGACCGUUGCCAAGCGUUGGCCAACAUCGCGCGUGAAAAGGAUCAUGAGAUUGUUCAUUGUGAUAAUCUGGCACUUCCAUUCCGAGAUGAGACUUUGGAUGCUGUUCUGUCUGUGGCGGUUAUCCAUCACAUUGCCACAGUAGAAAGACGGGUCAGGGCCCUCCGAGAAUUGGCUAGAGUCCUAAGAGUGGGUGGGCGGGUCAUGAUUAGUGUUUGGGCCAUGGAACAGCGUCAUCGAAAGUUUGAGAGCCAAGACGUGCUCAUUCCUUGGCAUCGACCAGCACCUUCUUCCACUGGCCAUGCCCAAAUUUCUUCCCAAACUAGUUCCACGCCUCAAUCCCAAUUCGAUUCUUCCACACACCUGAAUCUUCCUCAUGGACAUGGACAGUAUUCCACCACUACCACUGCCUCGGAAGAUGAUGUAAAUCACUAUCAUGCAUACACGCAGACAUCCGACAGCAGUAGUGUGGCAGACCAAAAGAGUGCUAUGAUUGGGCCGAGGAAUCAAUUUCGGAGACGAGGUCGAGGUCGAAACCGAGGUCGGUCUAUAGAUCCAGAUGGAGACUUUCCGCCUUAUCAGAGCAGCUCGGACUUGUCUUCCCCGAAUGAAACUUGUUACAGUUUUGUUCGAAGGGCCAUGCAGAAGCUUUCUAACCAAAAGAAGCAAAUUCGCGGGACUCACGAUCUCAUGGAAAACAAUUCUGCUCAAUUAGCCCGUUUCCCUUGGUUCAGCUUAUCGGGCUUGGAGCAACUGGCCACAAUGCGAGGAACUUACUUACCUGAUGACCAAAGAUUUGGUGAAGAGGUGCACCGUGACGGACUCUCGCGAGAUGACAGUGGGGAGUCCGGUGAAAGCGUCGGUGAUGUUCCCAUAGAGUUACGACACUUAGAAGGGGAUUUUUAUGACGCUGAUAACCAGGAGGUCUUCAACGCUCUCCAAGAUGAUGAUUCAACUUCCCUCUUGUUUAACCGUGGUGACCUGACAUCCAAUUUGAUGUCGUUUUUGGGAGGCUUGCAAAGCAAAUCUCGAAGCCUUGAUGAUAUCAAGGAUCCUUCAAGCAAAAAGCAAGCUAAACCGAAGCUAGUCAAAAUUGGACGGGCAAACACCUACGAAGACAAGUCUACACUCACCCGUCAGGACACACCUAAUGAGUUGUUGAUGGCUUAUGAGCCCCCAAAUAAUGAGGAUGGAGAAGAUGAAUUUGGCCUCGACGGUGACCUUGAUGAUGGAGUUGGCAUUCCUGAUGACUUACAACACCACGCACUUUUCAAAGAUUGUAAGUCGUCCACCAGGAGUGUAUCAUUGAAAUCUUUCGAUAUGUCAUUGAAAUCUGCUGGAUCUUUGUCCAGUCUAUCCUCCGGCAAAUCCAUGAAGAGUAAUUUCAGUAUCCAAUCUGACUCGGGCCUGGUGCCUCAUAAACCAUUGGGAAUAUCGUCUAGCCAUCCAACAAUAACAAACACAACUGUGAUCUCCAAUGGCUCAAUGGUGAAAGUGUUGGAAACAAAGAACACACCUUCUCAAGCAGCAGCAAAGAAAUUACUUGGAGCCCGGAACUGGGAAAGUGACUCCAAUUUAAGCAAGACUCAUGCUCAUGCUUUGAGUGGUGCCAGUAGAAGAUCCAGGGCCAGAACGAUUAGUGAACAUCAUGAUCGAGGAUCCAGAGGGCUGCAUCAGUUCCCUUUGGGAGAAAAAGAAAAGUCAAAAGCAAUGUUGAGUGUUGAAAGCAAGCUCAUGAAAGCCAUAAAAGAAGUCAAUGAAAGUGAUAUUAGUGAGACAUCUACCCCAUUAAGUAGCCCUUUACCACAAUCUCUAGAGAAGGCUUCUUCUCCCAAAGACUCCAACGCAAGCAUGAAGGAUGUUGACAAGCCAAAGGACUUUCUCCACUUGGAAAAGAGGCCAUCUCGCCCACAACUUGUGAAGCAAAAACAGAGUUUCCAUUUCCCCGACCAAGAUGAAGCCGAGGGAUUGGAACCCAAUCCAACUGUUGUCAUAAGUAAUACAGAGGGUGAUUCAGUGCCGUGUAAUGUGUUUGGGCCUCAAAGUGAGGUCGAGGACAAGUCUUACCUGAAAGGUACUGACUUGCCAUCGCCCAGUUUGUCCAAAAGAGCCUCGUCCUUGGGCUCAGAAGAGCUGCGAGAACGAAUCGGAGUGAAAAAACAAGCUUCUCUUAACGAUGAACUGUUAUCCAGGGAGAGAUAUCAAGCCAAUGUAGAAAUGCGGAGGCGGAUUCAAAAGCAGCAUUCAUUACCAAGUGAACCAGGUCUUCAGCGGCAGAAGAGCCUUAAGGAUAGUUUCUUGACAGUUCUGUCCAAAGCCACUCAACUGGAAAGCUUGAGGUCAAGUUGGUCCAUGAUGAAGUCUGGGGCCAAUCAUUCGGAAAUGGGUGCCCACGAUCGUAAACCAGACACCAUUACGGAGGAGCCCGAGGUUCUUGCCGAUGAAGAAUUGGCCACCUCAAAAGAUCCUAGGCCUCAAACUGGGGUUGAUGAACAAGCCGGAGUACAAACACAAACAUUCACGUCAUCGAUUGGGCGGAUUUGGCAGAUUUGGACAAGGAGUGGAGUGGAAGAAGGCUCGUUUACCCACAAAAGAGGGGUGACCAUCCAGCCCAUAAAUGUUGGUGGAAAAGAACUUCAAGGCAUUGAUGGAGCGACAAGAAGAAGUAUUUUCCAAAGGCGACGAGGAGGAUCCUCUCCCAUUAGCCCUAAACAUUACGAGGCUUUAACCAAGGAAAAUGUGGACAAUAUCUCACCCACCUUGAGGCGGUGCUGUAUGGACUGCCCUGGAGGCGAGAUCUUAGUGAUGGAACGAGAGCGGAAACUUUCUAAAGGUGAGGCCUCAGAUUCAUCUUCAAAAGAUGGAAGCAUACAAAGCGAUACAUCGCUCGAUUCGGAAGACAGCCUUGUGUCUGUGAUAUUUGUUCCUCAUCCCGAGAACUCUAAAGGCUCUGUACAAGGCGAAGGCGAAUUUGGCGAGAUAGUCUUGAAGAAACAACGCUCAACGUCGAACUCCUCAGAGUCUUCGGAUUCCAUGCCCUCCGUUGGAUCUGGACGAGUAAGCCCUCUCUCUCCCAGCAAUAGACUUGGCUCUCCAGUGAAAGCCAAUGGAAAGUCUUGCAAGGGCAAUGUGACCAAAAUGGAAAUCAUCCGUCAAGGAGCUGGAUCGUUUGACGGGUCCACAGGCAAAAUGUUUGGUAGAGCCUUUAAAGAAGAAGGAAGUAAUGAUACGAUAUUCUUUGUGUCAGGAGGGCCCUUAGACGUGAUUGUUGAACGGCAUCCCGAGAUUGAAGCUGAUUUAACCGAGGAUGAGCCGAAAAUCGAAAACCCAAAGGAAUGUGAGCCAACUCCAAUACCUGAGGAAACAAAAGCCACACCAAAAGCUGAGGAGAUCUUAAGCACUACUGAAGAAUCACUCCCUCAACCUGAUACCUGCAAAAACUUGCCUUCCACGCCCAGACUGAAAAGUGCCCCCAAAAGCUUCGAAUUGGAAGAUAUCCCGGACGAAAGCCCUAUUCGCUGCAAUCCAGGCCGACUGGCCAUGAACCCUCCACAGAGACCACUAUUUCACUUUAACCCUCCACGAAGAUCCCCAAGACGUAGACGGCCUCGCUUUGACUAUCCAAUCGUUCGUCACCACCCACUAUUUGCCAAGCAGGCCAAAUCGGGAGAGAGGUCCAAUUUCUCUUCUCUUCUCUUGGGAGAGAAUGUUCGAAUAAUUCGGGGAUCAUUAUGUGACGGCUCUAGCUCUCCAACGAGUGAUGACCUUUCAUCAAGUACAGACUCUUCCAACUCAUCAUCCGGUAGACCUGCAAUAAAAAUACGCAGCUUCGAUAUCUACAACCCUGAGACUGACGAUCUUGACUCCGAUAUCUCUGACAGUGAAUCCUCUUCCUCUCAAGACUCAAACGAGAGUGUUGUGUCCGUUGUCACUGAGGAGACCUUGAAAACUAGGCAAUACGAAUUGAGAUCCAAAUCCGUUGACGAGAAACCUCUUGUUUCUUUGGAGCCCCCCACUGUGAUUAUUACCGAGGUAGAAACCAUUCCAUUUAGUGAUGGAUCCGAUUCAGAGUUAGAAAAAGUCCCUUCCUUAAUGUCGGAAGUGGCAGAACCCAGCUCAGAGGCUCAAGAGGAACUCUCGAUCGAGGUUGUGAAUGACGAACCCCAAGAUACGUUUGUAAAAAAAGCAGAGGAUCGAAGAAGAAUUCUCGAGGCUCUGUUCCAAGAAAACGAGUCAGUUCUUAUACACAUAACAAGCAGCGCCAUGUGGAAAUUAGGCAAAACCCAGCCACCAGAAGACAGCAAUAAAAUUUCGUCUCCCCCGCAAAGCCCAACUCUUCCCACGAAUGUCAUCGAUUCAUGUGACAAAGAAACGUUAUCUUCAGAAACUAAAGAUUCAACCAUGGUUGAGGACGAAAGCCCCGACCGCUCAGCUUCAGUAUCCCCUCAUAGAUCGGAUAAUACCACCCCCAAGGUUGUCCUUUCCCCGCUAAAGCCCAUUCUAAUCCCACCUCCUCAGGCUCAACCUCGAAGAAAGUUGGAUAAAGCCAGAAGUGUCAGUCCUUCAACGUUACACCGUCAAGAUCGGCAAGUGAUUGUUCGACAAUCCUCGGUUCCGAGCCGUUUUGAUGAGAUCUAUGUGAAACCCACGACCGAACUGGAAAUCAAGACGAAAAAGACGCUCAUGGCAAAGGCUCCGGCCAAGGAGGAACAAUCUGGGGACAGGAAAAUAACCCUGGCUCAUUUGGAAGUCUCUCCUACUGCUUCAUCGGAUGGAGUCAACCAAACUGGCUCGAGAGAAUCUCUCUCUGGAAGCGUGGACAGCUUAUCAUACGAAAAGAAAAGUAAAAGCCCCUCACCUAGUAGGUCUGAAGCGAGUCAUUUGAGUACAGGAAGUGACAUUGGCACUUCCUCAUCUCCUGAAGGUAAAAAACCGGACCAUUUUAAUCAGCCCUCAGUGGCCAAUCGCGCUAUUUCCAAGUCGAGUUUGAGUCGUCAAGGAUCCAAAGAUCAGGACGACCUCAGUCAGAGUUCUAAUGGGAGUACUAGACAUUCAACCCGUCUCUCUGGUCCCAGUCCAUCCACUGGAGCAAUCGCCAAAAGACGGAAGCACCCUCUAGAGAAAUCUGUCUCACUAAUGUCAGAUGACUAUGAUCCAGGAUUGCCAAGCUUGGAGGAUCUCGUCCUGACUCAAAGCUUGAUCCCCCAAGAACCCCCCUUAAGUGGCUUCAGUGAAUUGGGAGAACCCGAGUUUUUUGUCAACAAACUUAGUGAGCUUGAUCCUCGUUUCGACAAGAGCAGUGGACCAGCUAGUGGCGUCCAAAGCGACAAUGAGAGUAUUUGCGGGUUCCCUUACCGACGUUUGGAACGAAAGCGACCCGGCCGUGAAGAUUCCAUGGAGUCAAGUUCCACAUCAGCCAAAUCAUCCAUUCAGUAUAGCGAUUCUAGCUCUCUUCUUUCUCACCGCUUUUCCACGAUCUCAAUCUCCAGCAACGUGUCAAGUGAGGUGUCGUUUGGCAAUACUUCAGUUGUGUCUGGCAGUUCUUGUUAUUUGGCGUCAAUGUCGUCCGCUGAUUACGACGAUCGACCAGUUUUGGCCUCGAGCUUCUCACUUUCAGAGGCCGACGAGAAUGAGUAUCUUAGUCAGCUUCCAGAGGAAGGUGAACCCGAGGACAACCCUGGCUCGACUCUCCCGGGUGGAAUGGCAUCCAAAACACCGCAAGAAAAAAGUCGCAUGAAGGCUUUGUUCCGUCGAAACGCUGGCAAUGGUAGCACUACAGGGGUGAAGAAGCCCAUGAAAAUUACUAAUGAGUUAAGCGACGAAGAGGCCAAAAUCAAAACGGCCGAGCGUCUUCCCCGCAGCCGCAUUGGAACCGAAACCAGUAUUGAAACCAGUAUUGAAAAUCCCACGUGUGUCGCUCAAAGCUCGUUCGAGGAGGAGCUGUUCCGAGGCUUGAACCGAGAUGGCGAGGAUGGCCGACCAGACAUGAAAACCCAGCGAGAUUCCAUGAGCACCGCCAGUUCCCAAGAUUCCCUCCAUACCAACGAUGGUGGCUCCCUUACUCAUCAUCGUUACUACCAUGUGUUCAGAGAAGGCGAGCUGGAUUAUUUGAUCAACAAGUAUGUUCAAAACCUGCAUAUCAUUAGCUCAUAUUACGACCAUGCCAAUUGGUGUAUCGUGGCUGAGAAAGUCAAUGUUUGGACCAUUUGAAUAGCCCGGAUAUUAAAUCUUAAAGAGUCAACAAAGAGGGCUUCUAAAGCACAUUCGUAGAAGCUUGCGAAUAAAAUUGGAUUUGCUUUACCCCAGUUCCGAUUCAAUGGGUCUCCUUGGUCUCAUGAACCAUCGCGAACUCUGUCGCCCAAACAGCAACAAGAUUCGAUUUUCAUAGAGAGAAACAAGCAAACUGAAGCACUUGAUAAUCUCAUUUUUCGCUUUUCGCACCUUUGAAGCCCUUACUAAGGACAACUAAUUGACAACAUCGUAGUCUUAUUUGGCCCUCGGGCUGGUAAUCUUGAUCCGUAUUCUGUAUUCCUGCUUAUUCUUUUCCAUACCAAUUGAUAAUUUAGUCGUAUUAGAUUUUGUGUUGCGCUCUACAUAUUGAUAUUUGUUAAUUUCAUCAAAUAGUGAUAAUAAUCCAACCCGUUUGCUACUCUUUGGAUCUACCUAGUGCAACAAUUUAUUUAAGCGCUUUCUAAAAAUUGCAAAAAAAAGAUUCGUUGGACUUGAGUAAAUUGAAUCGGAAACAACGCAUAUCCAACCUCUGAUACGGAUCCUCCUCGUUUAUGCUAAAGUGUUCUUAAUUGUUGUUCGUAUCUUACUUCACCCAUUUUGGAGCGGCCUUAUUUCACCAGAAACUGAUGUCAUUCUCUUGUCUCCAACAAUAUCUUCACCUUAUCUCCUAUCAAAAGUCAUGAAAUCGAUAUGUACGAAAACGGCAUCAAAUGUAUCGCUUUCUCUCUCUAUGAUUCUAUGAUCUAUAUAAACGAGCCCAUCGAUCCCACCCAAACUAAUAUUGGAACAAUCAUGGCGACUGCGAGCCUCAAAUUAAGGUUUGCAAAGUUUGUCUCAAAUUCAAAGGAAAACACAAUUCCUUUUACUAUUUGAGGAUUCAAUGUCCUUCCUCCCCCUACCAUCUCAAUGUGAACGAAAUGUCAAAAGGAUGCUUUUGGAACAAACACUACUUGGAAUCUUAUAAUAAAGUCCUGAUCUCUAACCUGAAACAUCGGACCUGGUCGAAUAAUAGACAGUACAAAGCAGCACAGCCAAUCUCUUGGAAAGUUUCUGAUUAUUUCAUGUGUGAUGGUUGAGCUCGUGUACUCUUAAUAUAAUAAAAUUAUUUCCCAGUC